UAUAUAUUGGUCCCUCCCUCUUUCUCCCUCUCCCCUUAUCCCUCCCUCCAGCCAUAUGCCUCCGUCCAUGUCUCACAGGCGGAGCAGUGUCUGAGCGUCCUGCUGGCCGAGUGCUUGUCGCACCAUGGCCACUGUCCAUGGGUAGGCUGCUGCCGGGUCGCCCUGGUUCAGGUACACGUUGUAGUUGGCAUUGGGCUGGGGGGGCUCGGUGGUGUAGAGGGUGGCCGUCGAGUAGAGGAGCAUCGAUGUCAGCUGGAUGUAGCAGGGGAAGGGAUCUCCGGCCUGAGUGCCCGCCAGAGUGAUGGUGCGCCUCGUCACGUCGGGCGUGUAGCGGGAUGAUGUCAGCCGCUGCUGACCCCAGAAGGGGGUCGACGGGUCCUGCUUACACGGAUCCAUAAGACAUCUUCAUUUGGGGGUUGCUGUGUUGUGUGUUGUGUGUGAUAUUCUCUGCAUACCUGUACAGCCAGCUCGUCUGUGCGCUCCUCUCCGGCGGCACCGUCGGGGUCGUAGGAGUGGUGGGCCACUAUCACCACUGGGCGGAACGGACCACGCUGCUGCACACUGCAAACACACACACCCAGACACGCACACACAGAAGGAAAUGACAACAAAACGGGGUGAUGCUAUUUGGAAAGGCCACCAUCGUUUCCCACCCACCGGUCCACGAUCGCAUCUCGGAUCCCCAAGUAGUAAUGGACACCCACUGCAGCCAAUGAUCAAAGACACAUCAGUUGGAUUGGAGCGGGCGAGACGUGAGGAUCUUUCUGUGUGCCGCGUACCGCGGACGGGCGGGUUGUUGGCUUGGUAAGGCAGGGCGCCGGUCGCGAUCGGGUGCUCGUCGGGCAAGGGUGACACAAUCCCGUCCGGCGGCCCAUACACAGUCACAAAGUCGGCACCCAGCUUGUCCUUCUUCACCCCCCGCCCCUCGGGACCUUCUUGUGGGUCAGCAGCAUCUCACUCCUGGGUUUCAGCACAUGGCUGAACAGUGAGAGCUGGCGCAUGCUCUCGGGGCGACGGUCAAAGUCGGCCUUAUGCACAUCCUCCACCUCCUCACCGAGCCGCAGGGGCAGCGCCUCCACCACACCGCACGUCUUGGCGUACACGAACAACUGCACAGAACUCAGAAAGUCCACAAAUACCCGCUGCAUCAUGGAUGCACGUCCAUCAUGUGCUCUGUUUGCAAUGACGUGAAUGCAUACCUCCCCCCAGCUGACGAUGUUACCGGCGUGCUCCAGCAUGUACGCCAUCUGCGUCAGUUUCUUGCGGGCUGACCGCAGGCGGGGCUCACGCAGCCCCAGCAUGUGGCCGAUGUGGUUGGCGGUGAUGAGCUGCUGGAUGCGGUACCUCGCAACGGCCACCGUGAUGGUCUGGUGGACGGCCUUGCUGACGCGGGGGACUGCCGCGGCCUCUUCGGGCUCGAGGAAACUACACAGAGUAUUGAACACACCUUCUGGGAGCUUGUUCAUCGCGGAGAAUUGAGGAACGAGAAACGCGGGUCACCAACCCGAGAAAAU